AUGCAUCCCUUCUACACUCGGGCCGCCACCAUGAUAGGCGAGAUCGCCGCCGCGGUGUCCUUCAUCUCCAAGUUCCUCCGCACCAAGGGGCUCACGAGCGAGCGACAGCUGCAGACUUUCAGCCAGAGCCUGCAGGAACUGCUGGCAGAGCAUUACAAACAUCACUGGUUCCCAGAAAAGCCGUGCAAGGGAUCAGGUUACCGUUGUAUUCGCAUCAACCAUAAGAUGGAUCCUCUGAUUGGACAGGCAGCCCAGCGGAUUGGACUGAGCAGUCAAGAGUUGUUCAGGCUUCUCCCAAGUGAACUCACACUCUGGGUUGACCCCUACGAAGUGUCCUACAGGAUUGGAGAGGAUGGCUCCAUCUGUGUGCUGUAUGAAGCCUCACCAGCGGGAGGUAGCUCUCAAAACAGCACCAACGUGCAAAUGGUAGACAGCAGAAUCAGCUGUAAGGAGGAACUUCUCUUGGGCAGAACAAGCCCUUCCAAAAACUACAAUAUGAUGACUGUAUCAGGUUAAGAUAUAGUCUAUGGAUGGAUCAUCUUAUAAUGGAUGGAUAGAUUUGAUUUUUUGCUUUGGGUGGGCUCCUCUUGGGGAUGGAUUAUGGAAUAACCAUGUCACAGCUGUGAAGAUCUGGCACAAGAUAGAGUGGUAAUAAUUUUUUUUUUUAAAGUGACAGUGCCAUAGUUUGGACAGUACCUUUAAGUGAUUUAAGUAGCCUGUGAGUCCAAGUAAAGGAUCACUUUAUUUGGUAGGGAGUGAAGUCGCAGGGUGGUUUCAGUUUCUCCCAGACCUUAUACCCAAUUUGUCACACCAGUCCCUUUAAGGAAAUUCUGUAUUUCAAAGAACCCUCUUUUGCAGUCAGUCAACCUUGCAGGGGAAUUUGCACUAUUUACACUUGAAAGUUACCAGUAACUUUUUUUUGGCAGCUCAAUAGGAAAGCUCAAUGUUCUAAGCAUGGUAGUACUGGAAAUAUUACACGGAGACUUUUACCUAGCACUUAAAAAUGUAUAAAUGUACAUAAAGACACUUAGUACGCAUGACCUGGGGGAAAUGGUCAGACCUUGUGUUUUUGGCUUUGAGAGUAGCAAGUGACCGGAAUCUGCCAUGACAACAGGCUUUUAAGACCCUUACAAAGACACUGUCUCAACUGUGGUUAGCACCAGCCAGCUCUCUGUACAUUCGCUUGUAGUUUUCUAAGAUUGAGUGAGUAAACUUCUUAUUUUUAGAAAGUGGAGGUCUGGUUUGUAACUUUCCUUGUACUCAAUUGGGUAAGAGUCUUUUUCCACAAACCGCCAUCUAUUUUGUGAACUUUGUUAGUCAUCUUUUAUUUGGUAAAUUAUGAACUGGUGUAAAUUUGUACAGUUCAUGUAUAUUGAUUGUGGCAAAGUUGUACAGAUUUCUAUAUUUUGGAUGAGAAAUUUUUCUUCUCUCUAUAAUAAAUUGUUUCUUAUCUUGGCAUUUU